UCAAGAGCCCCGGCUCCGAAGCAGAGACGCAGUUUUCUCCCUCGCCGCUUGCAGGGCAGUGUCACCAUGGCAGCCCAAACACAAGGCAAGCGGCUCCGCCGGCUUCUCGCGCGUCUCGUGGCGGGACUUGGCGGCGCUCGGGCCGCAGAAGGGAGCGCAGCCAUAGCAGUUCUCGGUGCGGGAAUUGGGUCGCUGCGGAUUCCUUCCCUCGCUGCUUCAAGGGCCUCUUUCCCGCCAUCUUGACCCGCGGGGUGCAGCGCCCGUGGGUAUCUUUGGGGAGCGCGGGCGGAUGGGCGCGCACGUCUCCGCCGGACUCUGGUCCGCCGUCCUACCUGCGGGGAGGCCUUGAGGCCAGCUAGGCUGGGUAAAGAAGCUCAAGUUUCUCCCCCGCGGCCUUGGCCUCUUUCAUGGCUUCUUCCCUCGCCGCCGCGCAGAAGAACCAAAUUGCUUGCUGAUGCAUUGAAAUCAUUUGAUCAGUUGCUAAAAUGUUCAAAAAUGAGUAUCAGGGUGGCCCAUUUGUUGAAAUCUUCAGUGCUCAAGGCAAGAACACUGGGACCAAAUGGAAAAUUUCUGGCAAUCCUUCAGUUAUAGGGAAAGAAUAUGAUAAGGAAGUGAAAGGUUUCGUCUUUGUGCUGGAAGGAAGCGGUCAAACCAACAAGAUGCAGCUUCCAAAAGAAACUAAGCAAACUCUUGGACUGAUCCAGCAAUUUUUGGUACUUCAAAUGUACAUACCACUGGGACAAGAUUUCUCAGCCGAGUUACUGAUAACUGAUUUAGGAAAUAUUAAAAGAAGAUUGUAUUUAUCGACGAUCCACAAAGAAUUAUCUGUAACCCCUCUGCAUGCAAAAAUCCCUCUCUUUAUGAUCAAGCGCAAAAUUUGGUGCAAUUUGUGCAUUGACCUGGUGGCAUUUACCAGUGAGAUAUUCAAAGGCGCUGUUUUUCAGUCUUUGGAUGGCAUUAUUGUUUCAGCCAACUGUAAACUGCGAAAAAUCUUCACACUGAAGUCAAACCCCCUGAACCCCGCAGAUGACGAUGCUGAUGGGCCAAGAGAUACGAUUCCUCGAGCCUGUCAGUUAAAUGCAGAUGUGCCGCAAAUCACACAGCUGCUGAACAUGAAGAAGCUGCGCCAAACAGAACAAAAAUGUAGAGGCCGACCUUUAAAUUCACCAGAAUUAGAUCCUCCAACAACCCGAGCAUCAGCUACUAUACGUAACAGUAAAAGUCAAGAUAUAUCCCACAUUGCAUUUGGAUCUAAAGUCCUUGGGCCACCUCCUCUCUCAGGCCGAAGGGUCACAACAAGGGCAUCUGGGGAGAUAACAAAAUCAAGCAUUAGGACAAAAAGGUCAUGCCAAAUGCCAAGUUUGGAAAAGAGAACAGAACCAAUACAAGAUACAAUAAUGACUGAACAGUCUCCAUCAUCUCUUGAUACGGCUUUAGAUGAAAAAAAUAUACAAAAUAUCUGUAACACAAAUCAAGUUUCCCUGGAUAAGGAUGAAUGGAUAUUUCCUGACAAAGAAAACUCUCAAUUGGAGUCCAGCAGUCCUCUGCCGAUAACCUAUGAAACACCCCAUGAUGUUUCAGGCUCUGCCCCAAGUGACGACCAGACAUAUGAAAACAAAGAAGCAGCUGAAGUCCCUGAAGAUAUUUUCACUUACUCCUCAAAACCUAGAUCAGCGCCUCAUGGAAAGCCCUUGAGUCUUUCUUCAGAAGAUUGCACUUUUUCUUUGGAUUUGAAGGAAGAAAUGAGCAAGGACUGGCGAGGAGCUCAAAUGGAAGAUGAUUUCUAUGGAAAUGAGAGCAAUGGAGAGGAUGAUAGUUACAUGGACCUCGUGCAAGAGACUCAGAAUCUUCCAAAUAACUAUUUCAUAUCAGGAUUACCUCAGCCAGUAAUAUCCAAGGAGAUUCUUCCCAAAAUGGCAUCCAAGAGUCCUGAAAGCAGGACAUACAACUUCUGUACAAAAAAGACCGAAGAAGAAAUAUCACCCCAGUGUACUGAAGAUGCUGUUGUGAUAAUGGACAAAGCAAAUAACAUUCAAAGAAGCUUGUUGCCCACUUCUUGUUUAUCCCCGGUUGGAAACCUAUCUGAACCCUGUAAGGAAAUAUCUAGAGUCUCAAAAAGUUUCUCCAUCAGUGCAUUAAGAAGUUCAAUAAGUAGAAAAUCCCUAAAAGAAAUCCAGCAGGAGGACUCAAAUCCAGUAGUCCAAAUUCUUGAAUACAAUUGGAAAGACUACCAGCCCAGCAACAUGACCAUGUCUGAAAUGCAGAUGUUGGCUAGCAUGAAAAGGCAGCAAAAUGAAGAAUUAGAACAUAAUGGACCUUCACAUGGGUUGAGCGCCUCUCAGAUCAACAAUUGUAAUAUUAGCAUCAGCACAAGCAGUGAUGACACGAAUACCUGGAAUUCAUGUCUCCCAGCUCCUGUUAAUCAAGGAGGUCACUAUCAGAAAGAAAUGAACCCUCUUUCUCAGUCCAACCCAAGGGAUUGGCUACAAGUCUUCAGCCCUCCUAUCAUUCCUCCUAGCCAACAGGUGGCAGAAUAUACCAAAGCUUCAGCAAACAUAAGUGCCCAAGGUGAAGGUGAAGGGAGGGAAGAAGAUGAAGUUCUGACUCUGUUGUAUGACCCGUGCCUAAACUGCUACUUCGAUCCUGAGACUGGGAAAUAUUACGAGUUGGCAUAGAUAUGUGAAGAGAUACGGAGCGCCACAAAGAACGCAAACUCUGCAGCACUUGAGAGUCUUGGCAAAUGCUAUUUUCCCUGCUCCAAAGGCAAACGGAGCAACACUUGAAAAGACCAUUUAAUAUUUUGUCUCUUUUUUUUCCCAUUUCUGCUAUUUUUAUCAGAGUGCAUAGAAAGCUUUUCUGACUUUCGUACACGUUUAGUUUGUUCCUAUUAUUUGCAAUAUGAAAGAUUCCUACAUGUGAACUGAAUUACACCAAAUCAAAGAUACGUCCUGGAUUUAAUCUGUGAAUGCUUGCAUAAUUUUUUUUUCACCUAGUCAUUUUUUUUUAUCCCCAGUCAUUUAAAGAAAUAUAUUGCAUCUUUGUACUUUAAAAAUACAAUGUUCAAAAAGAA